CUUCUAGAAAUCUCCAAGCCCCUAACUGACAAACCGACUUGUCAACAUCAAGAUCACAAACAACACCCGUGCAGUGAAAUUGCUCCUACAAAGCUUCUGUGCACUCGUUUCUUUUCCAAGUUCCCUUUCAAGUUCCUCGAGUCCUUGAUAGGGGAGCAGACCCGAACUUGACACGAGUCCCGGUAAGUACCUAAUUAUUCUCAUUAUUCAGUUAUCAAGCUUAUCUGGAUAGCAAAACCAGCCUGUCUGUGACCUUCCUAUUGGCUAGCAUCACCCGAACCGGCGUCGCAUUCAAAUUUUCAGCCUUGUGCAAAGUUGAAAUCUUAAGUAAAUAUUUUCCCCCAUACCACCACUUCCACGCUGCACGGGCUUGUUACACAGCGCAUCAUAGUCAGCGGUCAGGAUGGCUGACGAUACUUCCGGCGGUUUCAGGGGGAAGAAGAGGCUCAGUGUGGACGGCGACAGCAUGUCUGCUCAAGACGCGAAGCGCCCGAAGACCCAGCGGGACGACGACAAGGACACGAAGCAGGGCGAGAAAUACAAUCCCUAUCUCGCUCAUACCUACGAGAACGGGUCAAAUGGCUGGAGUUCUUCUAUGCAAGACUCGGAGUCGGCCUUCAAGGGCAUUGAACGCCAAGCUACCACUGCCAAACAGGCAGAGGGACUCGAGGAUGGCGAACUGAAUCCCUGGACCGGCCAGCCUCACUCGCAGCAAUAUUUCCGUAUCCUCCAGACAAGGCGAGACCUCCCGGUUCAAAAACAGCGACAGGAGUUCCUCGACAUGUACCACAGCACUCAGAUCCUUGUCUUCGUCGGAGAGACAGGAUCUGGAAAGACGACCCAGAUUCCCCAAUACGUCCUCUACGACGAGCUACCCCACCUGACUGGGAAGUUGAUUGCUUGUACACAGCCCCGGCGAGUUGCGGCCAUGUCGGUUGCCCAGCGUGUCGCCAACGAGCUGGAUGUGCAGCUUGGUGAAGAGAUCGGAUACAGCAUCCGAUUCGAGAACAUGACCGGCCCCAAGACGUUGUUGAAGUACAUGACGGACGGACAGCUUCUCAGGGAAGCCAUGCACGAUCAUAUGAUGUCGCGCUACAGCUGUAUCAUCCUCGAUGAAGCCCACGAGCGCACCCUUGCGACCGAUAUCCUGAUGGCUUUGCUCAAGCAGCUAUCUGAGCGCAGGAAGGACCUGAAGAUCAUCAUCAUGUCCGCCACUCUGGACGCCCAGAAAUUCCAGAAAUACUUCAACAACGCGCCAUUGCUCGCAGUGCCGGGUCGGACCCAUCCCGUCGAAAUUUUCUACACCCCUGAGGCGGAACGGGACUAUGUCGAGGCUGCGGUUCGCACGGUGCUCCAGAUCCACGCCAGCGAGCCCGAGGGAGAUAUCCUACUCUUCCUAACAGGCGAGGAGGAAAUCGAAGACGCCUGCCGACGAAUCAACCUCGAAGUAGACGAGAUGAUCCGGGAAUCAGAUGCCGGCCCUAUGGUGGUUUACCCCCUGUACGGCACCCUCCCGCCGGCUCAGCAGCAACGCAUCUUUGACAAGCCUCCUGCUGCGUUGAGGAAAGGUGGUCGGCCUGGCCGCAAGUGCAUUGUGGCGACGAACAUUGCUGAGACGAGUUUGACGAUUGACGGCAUUGUCUACGUCGUGGACCCUGGCUUCAGCAAGCAGAAGAUCUACAAUCCACGUUCGCGUGUGGAGUCCUUGCUGGUCUCUCCGAUAUCCAAGGCCUCGGCUCAGCAAAGGGCCGGUCGUGCUGGUCGUACACGGCCCGGGAAGUGCUUCCGUCUCUAUAUGGAGAAGGCUUUCAAGAAGGAGCUCAUCGAACAGACCUACCCCGAAAUCUUGCGGUCGAAUCUGUCGAAUACGGUGCUGGAGCUGAAGAAGCUGGGCGUGGAGGAUCUGGUGCAUUUCGAUCUAAUGGAUCCUCCAGCUCCGGAGACCAUGAUGAGAGCUCUCGAGGAGCUGAACUAUCUGGCUUGCCUGGAUGACGACGGCGAGUUGACGACGCUCGGCAGCCUGGCCUCCGAGUUCCCUCUCGACCCUGCUCUCGCUGUGAUGUUGAUCUCGUCGCCGGAGUUCUAUUGCUCCAACGAGAUGCUCUCAAUCACGUCUCUGCUCUCGGUCCCGCAGAUCUUCGUUCGGCCCGCCAGCAACCGGAGACGGGCGGACGAGAUGAAGCAACAGUUCGCCCACCCGGAUGGCGACCAUCUAACGUUGCUCAACGCGUACCAUGCCUUUAAGGGUGCCGAGAACAGCGGCGAGGACGCGAGGAAGUGGUGCCACGAGCACUUUCUGUCGUUCCGCCACCUCUCCAGCGCGGACAACGUCCGUGCUCAGCUGAAGCGCAUCAUGGAAACACACGGCGUCGAGCUGCUGAGCACCCCCUUCAACGACAAGAACUACUACGUCAACAUCCGCCGAGCCCUGCUCUCGGGCUUUUUCAUGCAGGUGGCCAUGCGCGAGAGCAGCAGCAGCAAGGUCUACAAGACGAUCAAGGACAACCAGCUUGUCAUGAUCCACCCCAGCACGGUGCUCCAGAACGCCUACGACUGGGUCGUGUACAAUGAAUUCGUCCUCACGUCGAAGCAAUACGUCAGGACUGUCACCAAUAUCCGACCCGAGUGGCUCUUGGAAAUCGCACCCACCUACUACGACGUCGACCAGUUCGAGAAGGGCGAGGUCAAGUCUGCACUCACGCGUGUCCAGGAGAAGAUUCGGCGCAGACAGGCCAUAAAGGAUGGCCGCUAGAUGAUCCCUGUUUCCGGAAAAGGCGCCGGCGGUUGGGAGUUGGGAGAAGGGGGGCCUCCUGUUCACCUGGUAGGCCAGCAUCGAGGAUGAAGAUAUCUUGAUGUGUGGGGUUUGCUUUAUUUGCUACACCACUUGCGAAUUGCUAAACGAUGACACAUGCUGGCCAGGGUUUUGCUGUUGGUAGUUGUGCGCAGGAGAUGCAUAUCUGUACAAAGAUAGUGAAGCUUCACUCAUCUCCGAGGGCCAACUCACGGCCUUGUUUUGUUAGUCACCUGGACCUGAUGCAAUAGAUAGACAAUACACUAGAAAUGGUCAGCCGCCGCCGCCGCCG